UGUGCUAGAUGCUAGCAACCUGGCCUUCUGUGAGGAGGGAGAAGUACAGAGGCAGGGUUUCYUUUGUGUGGUGCAUGUGAUGUUGCUAUGGGAGAGACAAGACCAGAGGGUGGGGCACCCAUACCUCAUCGGAGGCCACUGCUGGGGGAAGUAUGCUGGAGCUUGGACAGGAGGUCUGGAUGCACAGGCAGAGAGAGGCGCUUGCUUGACAGCAGRAGGAAGAUGAAGGCUCGUGCUCCCCCACCUCCUGGAAAGCCUGUUCCUCUGAAUGUUCAUGGGGAUCAAAGACCUCCCUGUGAUGCAGCCCUCAGCUCACAGCAGAAUCUGAUCCACAUGAAGGAGGCACUGCGAAACAGUACUCUGGACAUCACUGUAGUUCUUCCCAGUGGGCUGGAGAAGCAGAGUGUGGUCAAUGGAAGCCAUGCAAUGAUGGACCUAUUGGUUGAACUUUGCCUUCAGAAUCACCUGAAUCCUUCCCACCAUGCCCUUGAGAUCCGGUCUUCAGAAACCCAACAGCCUUUGAGUUUUAAGCCAAAUACUUUGGUUGGAACCUUGAAUGUGCACACUGUGUUUCUGAAAGAAAAAGUUCCUGAAGAAAAGGUGAAGCCUGGCCCACCUAAGGUGCCUGAGAAAUCUGUGCGUUUGGUAGUGAAUUACCUUCGAACACAAAAAGCUGUUGUGCGGGUGAGCCCAGAUGUGCCACUCCAGAAUAUUCUGCCAGUCAUUUGUGCAAAGUGUGAGGUCAGCCCAGAUCACGUGAUUCUGCUGAGGGACAAUGUUGCCGGAGAGGAACUGGAGCUAUCCAAGUCCUUGAAUGAGUUGGGGAUAAAGGAACUUUAUGCCUGGGACAAUAGAAGAGUUCUUCUGACCAAAACUCAGUCCGAGCCUUCCCUGAGUUUCAGAGAAACAUUUAGAAAAUCAUCACUUGGCAAUGAUGAGACAGAUGAGAAGAAAAAAUUUCUGGGAUUUUUCAAAGUUAAUAAAAGAAGCAGUAGCAAGGCUGAGCAGCUUGGGCAGUCAGGCCUUGACAGCGAUGAGGACACCUCGAAGUUGGCUUCAGGAAGGGGCAUGAAUGGCUGCUUAACAACACCCAACUCCCCAUCAGUGCAUUCGCGUUCCCUCACGCUGGGUCCAUCCCUCUCCCUGAGCAACAUCUCUGGGGUGUCUGUGAAGUCGGAGAUGAAGAAGCGCAGAGCCCCUCCUCCUCCAAGGGCGGGGCCACCGGUUCAAGACAAGACAUCUGAAAAGAUGUCUCUGGGCUCACAGGUUGAUUUGCAGAAGAAGAAGCGGCGGGCACCAGCUCCACCUCCACCUCCACCUCCACCACAGCCACCAUCACCAAGUCCCCUGCCACAGCCACCUCCACCAAGUCCCCUGGUCCCCAACCGCAGGGAGGAAAAGGAGGAGAACAGGAAGAGCACAGUAGGUGUUGGACGGCAGGUACCACAAAAGCCUCCCAGAGGCACUGCUCGAGGCCCACCUCAGCUAGUGCUUCCCCCGCCCCCGCCAUAUCCUCCUCCUGAUACAGAUGUAGCGGAGCCUCUCAGCUUGCCCGGGGAAGGUGCUGGUUCCGAGGCCUCAGAACUGAGACCCAAACUGAGCCUGCCCCUGGGUCCCAGCAGUCACUGCAGUGGGGAUGGAGUCCCACUGGUGCCAUCAGAAGCUGAGGAGACUGUGUCCGUUGGCAGCUGUUUUGCAUCAGAGGACACGACCGAGGACUCCGGGGUGAUGAGCUCCCCCUCGGAUAUCAUCUCUCUGGAUUCACAACAUGACAGCUUGAAGUCCAAGGAUAAAUGGGCCACAGACCAAGAAGACUGCAGUGAACAGGACCUCACGGGAACCCCAGAACUGGGCCCCCAAAAGAGCUCCUCCUGGGAGAGAAAUGGCUGUGGGAACUCACAUCUGAGAUCUGAGAAAGCUAUAAUCGUCUUAAAUAAUGAUGAAGAACUAUUCAUUACUGGACAAUUCCAUAAGACCUUGGCAGAACUUGAUGAAGACCUAGAAGAAAUGGAAGAGAGUUAUGAAACAGACACUAGCUCACUAACCAGCUCCACAAAUGGUGUGACCCACCACAGUAUGCAGGAUGCCAUCAUCCCCAACAGUGACGCAGAUUCCAUCCCAGUGACGUUCAUUGGGGAAGUUUCAGAUGAUCCUGUAGAUUCAGGACUGUUUUCCAAUAGAAACAACAAUGCUGGUUCUUUUGACAUGGGGAGCGUUGCCUGCAGAAGAGACCCCCAGGCCUCAUUUCAGGCUGGGCACAGCCAGCCUCAUGAAAGGAUGAGGGAAGAAGCUCCUGACCCCUACACUCCUUCCUAUGACCUCAGAAAGGAAACCCAAUCCAGUACCUCUCAAGAUGGGAAUUUCGUUGAAAUAGGGCCCAAGGUGACUUCUUUCAUUUCAAAACUUCAAAUAGAUGGCCUAAGUGCAAAGGAGAAAGGGAAAUUGCCUGUUCUAGCUUACAGUGAGACAACACAUCCUGCCCAGAGGGUGAAUUUACAGCCAAAAAGUAAAAAGGAAAGCAACGGAAAAACCACUGUCUCAGCACCACCAUCAUGGUAUCAGCAAGGCCAAACCCCCAGGGGAAGUUACGGACUGAAGUGCGGCCUCACUACCUACAAAAUUGUUCCUCCCAAGUCAGAGAUGAGAUGCUAUGACAGAAAUGUGUCCCUCUCCACGGGCGCCAUUAAGAUCGAUGAGCUGGGGAAUCUGGUGAGCCCCCAUGUGAACAGCAGCAGGACCAUACCCAUCUCAUCGUCUGUUAUUGAAACAGAAGCUCAACCCAUUGGGAAAGUCAAGGAGUUCUGGAGGUGCAGCUCAUUGGAGAAGCAGCUGAACCAGCCCACAGAUUGCUCAGCCAGGAGGAACCCCUCCACCACCACCACCACCAUGCCAGCCAAGCCACAGCCCAAUAACAGACUCCAGGUGGCCCCAACAUUGACUGCACCCCAGCAGCAGGCUGGCCCCCAAGAAUGCAGGACACACCUGGAAGAGGGGAGUAGCCGACCACCCUCCUCAGUCACUUGUCACAUGAAAGUGCCAGCAGCUAACACCACAGAAGUCACAUUCCUCAAACCUCAGAGAAGAACAUCCAGCCAGUAUGUGGCCUCUGCGAUUGCCAAGCGGAUCGGACCUCCCAAAGUUCAUACUGAUGUGGUGAGGCAGCACAAUAAUGUGGAAAAGUGUCAUGUGGGUAGAGCACCACAGCUACCAGGAGAGCCUGUCACUGUGAAGCAUGACACAGCCCCCAACCUGUACUCAGAGGCACGAGGACAUACACAUGAGGCAAAGCAGCCUGGAGUCAGCCUUCCCAGCAAUGCUGGGGGAGAGUCAGCCGCGGGAGCUCAGCCUAGAGGGGAGGUCAGCAGCACAUGUGGGAAGUUGUCUACUCAAGACUGUCCUGCCACUGUCCACAGAAGCUCUUAUUUCCCACUAGUCAGAUCUUCCCAGAAGGAUCAUGUUUCUGUGGGACAGAGCUGUGGUUUCAAUGAAAAGCAAGGCGUGAGUAACCAAAAGACCAGCUCAGCAUCUGACCCUGGGCUCACACUGGACAGGGCACACCCGCCCCCUCCACGCCUGGCAGAUGCUCAGAGCUCCAGCAGGGCACUGGUGAAUGGCUAUACAGGAGCCCCAGACAAAAGCAAGCCUCCUGACUCUCCCAAAGUGCCCAGCACUAGUAGCCACAUUGUCCUAGAAAUGGAACAAAAACCCAAUUCAUUAUCUACAGAUGUGCAUGAAACAGAUGGUACAUUGCCACCCAGCAUUUUUGGGCCAAAGAAAAAAUUUAAACCUGUUGUCCAGAGGCCAGUUCCAAAAGAUACGUCCUUGCACAGCGCCCUGAUGGAAGCUAUCCACUCUGCAGGAGGGAAGGAAAAACUCCGAAAGACUGCAGAACACACUUUGGAGGGAGGGCCAAAGAAACCAUCCUACACGGAGGCAGAGAGCGAGCGAUCAGCCCUGCUUGCCGCCAUCCGCGGGCACAGCGGUGCCCACAGCUUGAGGAAGGUGUCCUCCUCUGCCUCUGAAGAGCUCCAGAGCUUUCGAGAUGCUGCGCUCAAUUCACUGGGUGUGGAAAAUCCUCAGCAAGAAGACCAUGGCCUUCCACCCCCACCAGCCCUGCCACCACCUCCCCCACCGAACUCCCAGGCUCUCUCUGCAUCAAGGACAUCUUCUAGGUUCAGCUCAGGAACACUCAGCAACCCAGUGGAUGCCAGGCAAGCCUUGAUGGAUGCCAUCCGCUCUGGCACAGGGGCUGCAAGAUUGAGAAAGGUGCCCUUGCUYGUGUGAAUCACUGGUAAAAGUCAGAUAAUUGCAGAAACUCACCUAUAAGACACCCCCAAUCAUCACUCAAGGACUCCAUGUGACAAGGAACCUCAAGAUUUGGUGUUAUUUUCUUGUCUACAGGCCAAAAUGCGUGCAGUUGAUUUUCAGUGUUCCUGCAUAAUGGUUCAAAGGAGGAGAAAAUGCUGCUUUGCUAUGCGGCUUGUGUGCCAAGGAAAUGUGUUUUGCCUCUGAAUACUUAAAGUUGCCAAUAAACUAUUCUUGUUGGCAGGUUAAUGGAAAUAUAAAUGCUGGAGCCCAGCACUCACGCUUAAUUAUAUUUUUGAGCACAGUGAAAAGAAUCAUGGCUUAGAUUGAUUUUGGACCUUGGAGACUUUGACUACAUAUAGACAGUUAAAAAUUAUUGAAUUGUUUAAAAUUUUUUGAAUUUUAGAGGAAAAAAAUCCGUAAAUCAAGAGAAACAAUCUGAAUGUUAUAUGCCACAUGAUGCUAUGCAUUUGGGGAGUAAGAAGAGAAUUGGGAGGCUUUUCCAAAGAUAAUUCAUGUUGGGUAAUAAAACGAUUCAAUUUUUAUUCCUCAAGUUUUUGAGGCUGAUACCUCAUAGAAGGUCUUGGGCUGUGAUUGGACCAACUAAGAUUUUAAAAAAUCGACAACUUCCACUAAACUAACAAUCUUACUUGUGUGGAGAGGGCAUUUCUGGGCCCUCAAAGGUAGCAGAUAGAAGGUAUCAGGAUGGUGUUGGAGAGAUGGUCAGUGCCCCAUGUGGACAGACGUUCCCUGGCAGGCUAUGAAGUACAGCAGGCUGCUCCGCAGGGACCUGAGUAUGGAGCCUGGUGAAGUGGCUUGGAACCUUCUGAAAUCCUGCAGAGCACCCAGAAGUGAGGCUGUUAGGUACCUGUGUGUCACAGUUUGGGUCAAAGUUGUGUUUCUGUUUUAAUGAUUUGGAUGUGGUCCUGAUGCUUUUUCCAACAGUUCAGUGGCUGCCCUUGUAUUAUAUUAUAGUCCUCUUGCAGCACACGGUGCUCAGUCACCAGUAUUUAUAAGAAAGUUUAACCACAGCCAUAGUUUUUCACCUAUAUCUCUAAAAUGUUUUGUUAAAUGAAGGAAAACAAGAGAGUAAUAGAUAUCAAGAGGAGUUCAUGAAAUAAAAUCUCUUAGUGAAAAAAACAAAAUAUGAUGAAAUCAUUUUAAUGUUUCAUAACUAUUUCAGAUCCAGGCAUCAGGUAGAAUGGGAACUUUGCGUUGUCUGAUUAAUGUUGCUAAACUUUCUCAGUGAGGCAAGAGCUACCAGCCAAUUGCUCUUAGUCACAGCUGUCCACUAUU